AUGGCCAUGCUGAGAGUGUCUUCUUACCGCAAACUGUUCGAGGAGGAGUACUGGAGUCGAAAUGGCGGGUCCAGUGUGCAGUGUGCAGGGCAGUACCAUGCCUCUGCCAGACGUGUGACCACAGAUGAUUGUGAAUGUGACAAGUUAGACUUUGUAUCUGCCAAGGCGCUCAACAAAGAGAGCCUGGGCCGAUUUGUCCAAGACCGUGCCAUCAUCUCAGCCCUCAAUGACCGCCUGGUUAGACUUAUUGAGCUGGGCCGUUGUUUUGAGGAGGAGAAUGAGUUUCUGGAGAGUCAGAUUGUGGAACUAGAGGACAGGCUGAACAGCCAACAGGCCUCUGCUACUACAACCACCAUUUUGGCUGUGUAUGACUAUAGCCUGGAUGCUGUGGUAAACAGACUGCAUAAGGAGAGGGAUGAGACCCUGUGCGACAGUACAAGGCUGAAGACAGAGUUAGAAUGCCUGAAGCAAGAGUAUGAAAAGGUUGCACAGCAGAGGACUCUAAUCCAGCUCCAGCACCAAGAUGUUGCCGGGGAAGUGGACAUGAUGACAGCAGAGUGUCUGGCCCUGAGAGAGCAAGUGGCUAUUUAUGAAGAGCAGCUGGCCAACAUGGAGGCCCAGCGAGAGACGGCUGUUGAUGGUGUGUCAGAGCCAGCUGCAGGGACCACGGGAGCAGUGGCAGCUAUUGAAUUCCGCAGUCCUGACAUCACGCGAGCCCUGGAUAUAAAGGACUACUACUGCCAGCUGGCCGAGAGCCUUCAGUAUAAGUGUGGUGUAUCCUUCUCUGCUGUGAUUCCCACUGGAGAUAGAAAGCAAGUGGGAACAGUCGAGGCAGUGGGGUCAAAGGUCAACGACUUGUCCAAGAUAACAGACAUCAGUGAACUGAAGAUGCUGAUUGUAGAGUUGGAGAAGGAGCUUGCUGAGCUUCAGAAAAAGAAUGAGGAGCUGGAGGAUGAGGUUGAGAUGAAGAGCACAGCAUACCUGGAGGAGAUUGAAGAAUUAGAAUGUACUAUAGAGAAGAUGAGGCAUCAGCAGGCUGACCUCCAAGCCCAGAUGAAGGAGCAGUGUGAAGACUACAAGGAGCUGCUCAAUGAGAAGAUGGCCAGAAACAUUGAGAUUGCUGCCUACAGGGGUCUAGUGGAGGAAGAGGAGGAGAGGCUGUGCAACCUCUGAAGCUAGACAGAAGAGACACACUUGACAGGCUG